AUGGACGCGCUGAAGGGUUUUACUCACUACGAUGCCUUGGGCAUACCGUCCACAGCCAACAGCGUUGAAAUCCGGAAAGCUUACAGGCAGAAGGCACUGAAACAUCAUCCUGACAAGGAUGCCACGGAAAAUGCGACCGCUUACUUUCAGCGAAUUUUGCAAGCUUAUGAGGUACUCAGCUCUGCUCGAUGCCGAUUUCUCUAUGAUAGAGGUCUCCAUACCGAAGGACAUCCCAAUCAUACGCGAGGAUCCGCCGCCCAGCAGCGUGCUGCAGAGGCCAGGGACUUGCGACAUAAGAUGCUAAAACAACGUCUUCUGCAGGCUUGCGAAACUGGGGCGACUAGCGAGGCAAUGAAGAUUUUACGAGGAGGAAUACCGCCAGACGAUCUCAACGCAGUAGACGAGAUGGGGCGGACAUGUCUUAUGUAUGCUGCUGAGCGUUGUCAUCCUCAGAUUGUUUCCCUCCUUAUGAUUUACAAGGCAGAAGUGGACAUAGCAAAUGUCGAGGGUUGGACUCCGCUGAUGUGCGCUGUUAACUCUGUGGGUGGUCCUCUGGAGAACGAAGCACGCGAUGCUGCAUCCAGCUUGUUGGCAUUACUCCGUGCUGGAGCUAAUCCGAAUGCAGCAACACACGGUGGUGAUACGGCGCUAAUGACAGCGUGUGCCUCAGGGAGCGUGCCAAUGGUACAGUAUCUGCUUGACUAUGCAGCUCAUGUGGAUGUUGCAGAUACUGGUGGGAUGACUCCCCUGAUUCUUGCCGCGGACGGUGGACAUGCAGAGCUAGUCACGCUGCUGUUGAACGCCGCCGCGUCCGUCGACGUCCCAGAUUCGGUUGGGAAAACAGCUCUGAUGUCUGCCUGUGCUCUUUCGCACAAGCAUGCAGUCGCAGUUCUACUCGAGGCCAAUGCUGAUCCGCUCGCAAGAACAUGGGAUGGUUGCAGUGCCUUGCUGUUCGCCAUCGAGUACUUGGUCGCUUCGGAUAUCGCUAAUAGUACGAAGCUGUCAAAUGAGGCAUCUGCAGAUGGUCUUGUCACAAUGCUGCUUGCAGCACAGGCCAGCCCUACUGCUGCUGCCGAUGAUGGCCGGACGCCUCUGCAGCUUGCUGAAGCUGCUGGUAACCGCAGCCUAGUGGCGGCACUCCUGGGCAACGGGAUGGAUUGCAUGCAUUAUGGGCCGAAUUAUUUUGGGGGAGCGGCAAGCGGAUGGUAUUAG